AUAGGAAAAGCUCAUACUGAUUCAAAUAUGUAAACUUAGAAAAUCACUUGUCACAUUCGAUUGAAAAUAAAUUUUUGAUGAAAAAUAAAAAAUAGAGCAUUUAUUGAAAAAGAAAAAGAAGAAGUAGGUUGUCAGGUUUUGGUAGUUGUUUUUGAAGAAGAAGAAGAAGAAAAAACAUAUCUAGAGUGAAGGAGACAUUUUCUCUGAUAUUUAUAGACGCUUGAACAGUCGCAUGAAAUGCAAAGACGCAAAUAUGAGAUUUAGGGAGAGACGUGAGUUUUAUAUUUGGGGCCUUUUAUAGCAAAACGACAUUUUGAAUAUCUAACAGUCAAAAGGACGUUUUACUAGAAAUAGGGCUAAAAAAAUAAUAAAACAAAUCGUAUGAUUCCUUUGAUUUGAUUUGAAUCGUACGAUUCUCUGUCAAAAAUGAUUCUAUAGUAAGAUACGAAUUGAAUUAGGACUAAAUUGAAUCGUGAAUUGUAUGAUUUUGAUAACAAUGAUUUGAAGCUUAGUCAGUUUUGGCUUUUGUUGAAUGAUAUUACUAAGUUCCUUAGCUGAAUCAAGAAUGCAAAAUUUCCUAUUAGAAGACAAUGUACAUGGACUUUUGCGGAGGUAUAUAAUUUUCAAGUACUUAAAAGGUGAUCCUUUUUGGUGCUUAUCGAUUCGUGUUAUUUAGAACACAUUUAUGCAUUUGAUGCAACCUUGUUCUCAGUUUGGGAGAAAGGUAUUGAAGUUUGUGCUGGGAACGCAUGAGGGUCUUGUUACGAGAACAUCUCCACAAGAUGUUAAGUGCCGAUCAAAAGGGCUUACUCAAAUUCGUUGUCAAGUACUUUGUUGCCUGCAAAUGUUCAGCCUGUGAGAGAGUCGGAUCUUUCGUACUCACCUUUUCCCUCGCAAUCAAUGCCUGCAAAGUACGGCAACGCAGUGUCUUCCAUUGGUGGUUCGAUCAUUUCCAUGUCAGAGGCAUUGAAGAAUGCUGGGUUUUCAACCCAGCCUACUGCCCAGACCCUGUCUGGAACCAAUGUUGCUACAGGACCUGCUCUUCCUCAACACCUUGCUGUGCACCCAUAUUCCCAACCUACUCUUCCUUUGGGACCAUUUGCAAACAUGAUUAGCUACCCUUUUUUGCCUCAAAGCUAUACAUAUAUGCCUUCUGCUUUCCAGCAAGCAUUUGCUGGUAACAGCACGUAUCAUCAAUCUCUGGCAGCUGUACUUCCUCAAUAUAAAAAUAGUGUUUCUGUCAGCAGCUUACCUCAGUCUGCUGCUGUUCCUUCUGGGUAUGGCGCCUUUGGGAGUUCAAACACCAUCCCUGGAAACUUUCCAAUGAAUCAACCUGGUGCUCCCGCAGGCACGACCACAGGAUAUGAAGAUGUUAUGAAUUCCCUGUACAAGGACAGCAACAAUUUGAUAUCUCUUCAGCAGAAUGAAAACUCAGCUAUGUGGCUACAUGGUCCUGGUUCCAGAACAAUGUCAGCUGUUCCUGCCAGCACAUAUUAUGGCCUCCAGGGGCAGAGUCAACAGCCUGGUGGAUAUCGCCAAGGUCAGCAGCCUUCACAGAACUAUGGAAAUCUUGGUUACCCUAAUUUCUACCCUUCCCAGACCGGAAUCUCACUGGAACAUCAGCAGCAGAACCCUAGGGAUGGGUCCCUCAGUGGCUCUCAGGGCCAACCUAAACAGUCCCAACAACAGAUAUGGCAAAAUGGCUACUAAUCUCCUCAUGGUUUUUCAGGGCCUUGUAGUGAGUUUGAGAGUGGCCAAUCAAGGCAUUCCCGCGGUUGAAGAACAUUGAUGCAUAAUGUUCAUAAGCGGACUUGACUGGCUGCUGCCCUGUGCCUUGAGUUUGUAAUUUGGAUUAGUGAACAUUCCUCUUUGUUUCUUUUAU